AUGUUAGACACACAAACACGUCUAGCCUCUGUUGUCACCAGCCCAUGUCUCAAAGUGUCAGUCAAGUUCAAGUUCUCACACGUCUGGGUGUCUGUGUCGUCACUGGGGGCAGGAACGUUGUCGUGGCAGCAGUCGGGACGUCCCAACUAUGUGCUGCUGAAAAGCCUGUGCGAGAGGCGCGUUCCGCUUCAGACAGGGGAGUUUUGGGGUCUUCAACAGCUGUGCGCAGAGACCCCCUCGUCUCGCUCCCCUCACAGACACUCAGACCCUGGGAACUGCGACAUAACACAUUCAUCAUCCACUCACUCAUGCCCUCACGCCCCACCCUGUCGCACUUUUUUACUACCAAGUCCUACGCUGCAGUCUGUGGGGUGCUUCAUUUACAUAUUAGUGCAAAUCAUAGAAUAUCGACUGUAA